AUGGAGUCUCCAAAGAAGAAAGGAAAGCCACCUCAUCCUCGGGCCAAAACAAAUCCCUUAUCUGCCCUCACAUUUGCAUGGACCCUACCAAUCUUCUGGGGUGGUUUGAAGAAGGAGAUGGAUGAAAAUGAUCUGUAUGAGCCGCUAGAAGAACAUGCAUCAGGUCCUCUGGGUGACAAGUUCGCUCGUCUAUGGGAAGAGGAAGUAGCCAGCGCCGGUGGGAAAAGAACACCCAGCCUCCUAAGAGUUAUUUUAAAAGCCUACGCCGCCAGAUGUAUGCUUUAUGGAUUCGUUCUAAUGUUUAUGGAGUGUGGAAUACGGUGA